AUGUCAGAGGAUCCACGAGAGCCCGGCUCCUCUCAGGAACCUGGCAGCCACCUUCCCGCUAGCAUUCCGAACACCGAUCCGAAGAAACCCAGGCACGACUUCCCCCAGUCGCAAGUCGGAAAGUUAUGGGAUGCUUUUGGUGACCCCGAAAACCGCGUGAAUGCUCUCGCAAAUGCGACCUACAAGCCCCGCGGGAAGGAUCCCAAGGAUGUGUCUUACUCAGACGUCGUGGGCACAGUCUCUGUGUCCGAGAUAUCUUCAUUCCACAAAGCACCAUGCGCAAGGGAAUCGUUAUUGACCGGUAUCGGUCUCGGAUUUGGCGCUGGUGGUAUCCGAGGUGUCUUCGGAGGUAUGCGCUCAUUAUGGUCCGCUGGAAACUGGGCCGUCGGAGUGUUCGCCGUUACCUCCCUGGCAGCCUACGAGUUCUGCCGACGACAACGCAUCGAAGAAUUGCAUGGAAUGAAACAAGCGGUCGAUCUGAUGAAGCAAGUGAAGGAGAAAAAGCAAAGGGACAAGGACAGGGCUGCCGAGGAGGCUGCCAAGCGCGCGGAGGAGGAACGGCGGAGGAAGAGUUGGACAAACCUCUCCAACUACAAGUUCUGGUAG